AUGCAGCCUAUAACAACUAGAGGCACGUUUGUGAUUAACAGGGAGAACGAGAGUGGGAACAUAUUGGAUAAUCUCCUGUCCCGAAUGGAACAAUAUGCAAAUAACUUGGAGGCCCUGGUCGAGGAACGGACGGCGGAUUACUUGGAGGAGAAGCGACGUUGCGAAGAACUUCUCUAUCAGCUUCUUCCCAAAUCGGUGGCGAGUCAGCUCAUCAACGGACAGUCGGUGGUGGCGGAGACCUACGAGAGUGUCACCAUCUACUUUUCCGAUAUCGUCGGUUUCACCGCCCUCUCAGCCGAAAGCACUCCCAUGGAGGUGGUGGAUCUACUGAACGACCUGUACACUUGUUUCGACGGCAUCAUCGAGAACUUCGACGUCUACAAGGUCCCUUUCCCAUUCCCAAUCUCAAUUAACCCGAAACUCUUCCAUCUGGAAAUGAGUGGAAUCUGUCAUAGUCUUGGAGAAGGAAAGAAAGAGAGAAGGAUAUGA